CCCUGCCCGGUGCAGCCGGCUGUGCUCCCAGAGCCCGGCGGGCUUCCCGGUGGCGGCGCGGCGCGGGGACUUCUCGCCUCUCGCGGGCCUCUCCCGAGCGCGUCUAUGAGCGCAGCGUUCCCGCCGUCGCUGAUGAUGAUGCAGCGCCCGCUGGGGAGUAGUACCGCCUUUAGCAUAGACUCGCUGAUCGGCAGCCCGCCGCAGCCCAGCCCCGGCCAUUUCGUCUACACCGGCUACCCCAUGUUCAUGCCCUACCGGCCGGUGGUGCUGCCGCCGCCGCCGCCGCCGCCGCCCGCGCUGCCCCAGGCCGCGCUGCAGCCCGCGCUGCCGCCUGCGCACCCUCACCACCAGAUCCCCAGCCUGCCCACCGGCUUCUGCUCCAGCUUGGCGCAGGGCAUGGCGCUCACCUCCACGCUCAUGGCCACGCUGCCCGGCGGCUUCUCUGCGUCUCCCCAGCAUCAGGAGGCGGCGGCCUCUCGCAAGUUCGCGCCGCAGCCGCUGCCUGGCGGUGGCAACUUCGACAAGGCGGAGGCGCUGCAAGCCGACGCGGAGGACGGCAAAGGCUUCUUGGCCAAGGAGGGCUCGCUGCUUGCCUUCUCCACAGCCGAGGCGGUGCAGGCUUCGCUCGUCGGGGCUGUCAGAGGACAAGGGAAAGACGAGUCAAAGGUGGAAGACGACCCGAAGGGCAAGGAGGAGAGCUUCUCGCUGGAGAGCGAUCUGGACUACAGCUCGGAUGACAAUCUGACUGGCCAGGCGGCUCACAAGGAGGAAGACCCCGGCCACGCACUGGAGGAGACCCCGCCGAGCGGCGGCGCCGCGGGCAGCACCACGUCCACGGGCAAGAACCGGCGGCGGCGGACUGCCUUCACCAGCGAGCAGCUGCUGGAGCUCGAGAAGGAGUUCCACUGCAAAAAGUACCUCUCGCUGACCGAGCGCUCGCAGAUCGCCCACGCCCUCAAACUCAGCGAGGUGCAGGUGAAAAUCUGGUUCCAGAACCGCCGGGCCAAGUGGAAAAGGGUCAAAGCCGGCAAUGCCAACUCCAAGACAGGGGAGCCGUCCAGAAACCCCAAGAUCGUGGUCCCCAUCCCCGUGCACGUCAGCAGGUUCGCCAUCAGAAGUCAGCACCAGCAGCUGGAGCAGGCCCGACCCUGAGGGCCCAGGGAGGGCCAGGGCCUGGACCGCCAUGGAGAAGCCACAGCGCUGGAGGGAGCCCGUGGUGGACCCCACCAUGUUGGAAGCAAAACUCCAAGUCACCCCCCAACUUUGGACAUCCCAAGCAAAUUGAGAAUAUAUUCAUUAAACAGGCUUAAAAGACUGCUUUCGAAGGGGCUACAGCUACACCUGAAGACACACUAAAUAUU